AUGGCAACCAAAAACUCUAUACCUCCUCUGGUACAGGACGAUGUGCACAAGCCCCGGCCUUACCCGGCAAGCCAAUGGGGCGAUUUCUUCCUCGACUACAAGCCAUGUACCCCACAACAGUAUCGGUCCAUGGAGGGCACGGCUGAAGCUAAAAAGGAAGAGGUGAGGCAAAUCAUAAUAGACACUGCCAAAUGCUCUGACCUACCUCAGAAGCUGGAGCUUGUCGACACGUUGCAGCGUAUUGGGGUUGACUAUCACUACGGAAAAGAGAUUAAUGAACUUUUGUCUGAUAUACAUGAUGGAAAUAUUGAACUUUUGGACCUCCGUACAGCUUCCCUGCAGUUUUACUUGCUCAGGAAACAUGGUUACUGUGUAUCUUCUGAUGUGUUUUCCAAGUUUAUAGACGACGAUGGAAAUAUUGGAAGCACUGAUGCUACAUCUCUGUUGGGCCUCUACAAUGCUGCAUAUCUCAGAACCCAUGGAGAAAAGAUACUUGACAUUGCCAUGAGUUCCACAAAGAAGAUCCUAAAAUCUAUUGUUAACAAUUUGGACACGACCAUUGCAGACGAAAUUAGACACAGCCUGGAAACUCCACUUUUCAGGGGGACUAACAGAGUUGAAACAAAGCGCUACAUCUCGGCCUACGAAAAAAAAUCUAUAAGGAAUGAGACCAUACUUGAGUUUGCAAAGAUGGACUACAACCUCGUGCAAGGUCUGUACUGCGACGAGCUGAAAGAUCUUACCAUGUGGGACGAGCAUGCAGUUGAGCAAGCCCCAGCAUACAUGAGGCCUUUCUACAAGGGUACAGUUGCUUCCAUAAAUCAGAUUGAAGAGGAUCUGAAGCUUCAGAAAAACAAACACGCUGAAUUGGUGAAAAAACUGUUUAUUGAUGCGGCAAACUGCUACCAUGCGGAGGUGAAAUGGCGGGAUGAGAAGUAUGUUCCAGCGAACCUCGAAGAGCACCUAAAAAUCUCUGCGCCAAGCACUAUAUGUAUGCAAAUAUCAAACAUUGCGUUCCUAUUAUUGGGAGACAUCACGUCAAGUGAGACUAUACAAUGGGCUUGGGCAUACCCAACAAUCAUCAGAGCCGUCUGCAUCAUCGCCCGUGUGAUGAAUGACAUUGUGUCCCACGAGCGGGAACAAGCUUCGCAGCAUAUGGUAUCCACCGUGCAGACCUGCAUGAAUGAAAACAGGUGCACGGUAGAGGAGGCAAAUGAAAAGCUUAAUGAAGUAGUGGAGCAAGCUUGGAUGGACAUAUGUGAGAGCUGCAUCCAGCCGAUGGUUUAUCCAUGGGCAUUCUUAUCAAGAGUGGCCAAUCUCGCACGGGUGACGGAUUUCUUAUACAAGCAUGAUGACGGAUACACCCUCGGCUAUUCGGUCAAAGGGACAUUGGACUCAGUAUAUGUGCAUCCAAUGGAUGCUUGA